UUCCAGCGACCGAAUUCAAAACGCGUUUCUGGCGGAACGAGAGAGCAUUGAGUGAGAAUUCAGGGAUUAAAACUGAUUUCUACAGAGAAAAUGGGUCCGAUUGAGCUCCUGCACAUGUCCGUGUUCUCGCAGAGUUUCUCUCCGUGUGGGCGCUUUUUAGCAGCCGGGAACAACUACGGAGAGAUCGCUCUGUUCAGCCUUUCAGCUGCUCUGAGUCCUGAUGCGAAAGACACGAGUCAGAAACCCAUCCUCACCUUUACUGCCCAUGAAGGUCCCGUGUUCUCGCUGCUCUCCACAGACACACACCUCCUCAGCUCGGGGAACGGAGAGAUCAGCGCCUGGAGCUGGGCGGAGCUGAGCAAGAAGAACACUAAAGCUGUUUGGACAAAGAGACCCAAUUACAAGAGCGGGCUGGAGAUCCCCGAGAUCAACGACAUGAUCAUCAACACCAGAGACAACAGCUUGGUGGUCGGUGGGGGAGACAAUAACAUCCACAUCAUGGACAUGGAAACCGGAACCUUCAAGUCGGUUCUGCAGGGACACACAGAUUAUAUCCACUGUUUAUCUCUGAGAGAGAGAGAGGGAGAGAUCCUGUCAGGAGCCGAGGAUGGAGCUGUAAGAAUGUGGGACUGGAGGACGGGCCAGAGUGUGCACUGUGUGGAGGUUUAUAAAUAUGAGGAAUGCGCCCGCCCCCAGUACGGGAAGUGGAUCAGCUGCGUAGCGACGGAUUCUGAUUGGAUGCUGUGUGGUGGAGGCCCCGCCCUCUCGCUGUGGCAUCUCCGCUCCAUGUCUCCCACCUCCGUGUUCUCGCUGAGCGGCUGCCAGAGAGACGCCGUGUUCCACCAGGACCUGAUCUUCGCAGUAGGUGAGGGUCCGAACGUGUCUCACUGCCUGCUGGGGGGAAGUGUGAAGGCUCAGAUCCCCUGCACUCCUCCGUCUCUCAACACACUCGCCCUGAACCUCGGCACCACUGAACACAGGGUGAUGACUGUCGCAGGCAGCAGCAACCAGAUCGACGUUUUCACCAACUUCUCCUACAGAGCCUUCUCACUGUCCUUCUGAACAUCUCACACACUUUCAAAAACCCUCAUCACUCUCUCACUAUCUCACUAUCUCACAUUCGCUCACCUUUAAAGUGGCAGUGUGUAACAUCUGGAGCAAUCAUGAGGAAGUCACAGACACGUUCUUCACCUUUUCUCUUAACUCGCCACACCCCGUCCGUUUGCCUGAUCAAGUCCCUUUUACUGAAAAGGGGUGGAGCUUGGUCUACAUUCGCUGACUUGGGGGCGGAGCUGAUAUCAAACAGAGUAAAGAGACUGAUAAAUAAAGAAACUAGUACGAGUGGAACCUCAGCAUACGAAUUAAAUUUUUGGAAGAAAUUUCCAUUGACAUACGAAGCAUGUUCAGUGUAGAAACGACCCAAAUGCCGACUUGUUGCCGGUACGUCCAGGAGCCGUUCUACACCUGAUGGUCAGUAAUUUCGAGAUUCUGCUGUAUUGCAUGGAAAUAUUCCACGUCAGUGUUUUCUUUUUCUUUUUGUUACAAUCUGUAAAACCGUUCCGCUCCUUUAAAGAGAGAGAUCAUCUCGAGUAUUUCUGUGAUUGUUUUUUUCAGUAAUUCAUCUAAACUGGAAACAAAUCAGUUUGUGUAAAAUGUAAUGCAUUUUCUAUAAUAGUAGGUGUAAUAAUGUAUUUUAUUCGCAGUUUAUUUGUAUAAUAAAAAAUUUUUUGGUCUA